AUGAGAGCAUUUAUUAAAACAUCAUACUUUAAUUAACCAAAAUAAACUAAACAGACAAAAAAGACAGAUCCUUAAAAAGUAAAAAAAGGUUUAGAAAAGCUAAAUAAUUAUUAUUUGAGAAAUCUUGCAAGUGCAUAUUAACCUUUGAUGAUAAACAUGAUUGAAUAAAUGAAAAAAGAAUUUUAGAUCAUUGAACUAGUAUUUAAUAAUUUCAGUAUAAGUUUAGCAAUAAAGUAAAUAAAAGAAAUUUAAAGGAGAUUUUCUUAGCAUGGCGAAUAUAAAGUGAAUAACCUCAACCAUAUAAAUUACAAUUACCAUACAGUCCACCAAAAAAGGAUUUGAAUCGUAAAAGUGUAGGCAAGAAGUCAUUCUAAUCUAAAACUCCUAGAAAUGAAAUUAAGUUUUAGACACCAGGAAGAGAAUCUUCAAAAAGUGUUAUUUCAACUAUUACAAAAGAAGAUGAUUAAUAAUCAAAUAAAAUAGCUGAUAUAUUUAGAUUAAGAAAAUAUUGGAAUAAAUUUAAAAUAUUUGCAAAUUUUCAAAAGCAUUUAGCAUUCAAAUCAAAACAUUUUAGAAAUUUUUGCAUAAUUAGAAAGUAUUUUUAUAAGUUAUAAACUAUUUUAUAUCUAAAAAAAUUGAAACUUUAAGGUAUUUAGUUUGAAUAUUUUAUUUAGAAUACUAGAAAUCAAAAAUAUUCUAUAUUUUAAGAAUCUCCUUCUCAAAAUGGUAUGAAUAUGGAUAAAAGAAGAAGAGACACUAAUUUAUUUUAGAGAAAUAAAGUUAAAAAUAAAAAUUAUUACUAAUGAGAAAAGGACUAAAGGGAUUACAUUUGAAUGCAAAAUAAAAAUAACAAUUAUAAUCUACAUAAAUAUCCCAUAAUUCAUAAAUUUAAUCAUAAUAACAGAAAAAGAUAAAACUUAUUCCAAAGAAAAAUUGA